CUCUGUCCGCAAUUCGAUGGUAGAUUACGCAACACGUAUUGAGGGAGGAAAGGUUUUGAAAAGAAGGCUUAUCGUCAAUGUUCGCCGCUCUGACAUUGUCAGUGCCAGAGGCUAAACCGGUUAAAGCAAUGAAAUUCAGCAUGUGAAGACACCACCUAUUAUUCUAACAUGAACAAUGAAAAGAAAGUUCACAUUUUCCUUGGAGCACCAGCCAAUUUGACACAGCGGAGAACAUCAGCAAAAGAAGCAGUAGCUGAUGGCAGCUCCAAGAAGUGGCUUCAGUGCCAGUUCUUGUAUGAUAACAAAUCUCUCAAUGCUAUUCCUAGAAAGUGCAGCAGCAAGGAGUCUCAGAAACAUUUUGAUUGGCAAAUAGCAACAUUACAGCUGGAAAAUCAAUAUGGACAGACUUCUACUUCAAAAAGUGAAGAAGGAAUUAUAGUGGAAACCAGCAAACAUGAUAUUCCAUGUUAUAAAGACCUCAAUGUCAGAAAAGUAGGGAAACGGCACAGGGAAAAAUUGAGCAAUAAAAAAUUGUUGAAUUCAGGAGAGGGUCUGAAAAUAACUGAAGAACGUGAUUGUGCUUUCGUCAGUCCUAAUUGCUCAGGAGAAAACGUCAAGACAUCUUUGAAAUCUGACAAUGAGAGCAGACAAAGUGAGAAAAAUGGGCUUGAGAGUCAGGACUUUCAUUGCAGAAUAACAGAGCAGAAUGCACCUUUGAAAGAAGAUUGUCCAGAGUUUCUCUGUCACUCUUUGAUGGAAUACUUUCAGAAUAUCUUUCCAGCUGAAGAGCAGGAGUCUUGCUUCAGAUGCACAUCAGUAAAAGAAGAUUUAUCAUCUGAUGCCGAGUUCCUCAGUGUGUUAACUGCCAGUCAAGCUGCUCUUUUUUCAUGGGGGCGUCCAGAGAAUCAGUUUAACACACAGGAUUUGAAUGAAAAUGUAAAAGUUAAACUGAAAAAAAACGUGGAUGUCAAUGAACAGUCCCAUCAAUCGCUUACAUCUACUCAUAAUUUUAUUAGACAUUUUGGACAAAGUGCCAGUGAGACAAUGUAUAGGCAAGAUAACAGUUCUGAAAAUACCCCAGAACUUUACAGCUUAUUCAGUGACCAACAACUGUCCACUGAUGAGGCUAUAAAUGGAAGGACUUCAGAACAAUCUUUCAGUCCCUCCACUAAAUGGUCAAAUGAUGAUGUUGAGAUUAAUAUUGAACCAUAUAAUGGUGGGGUCCUGUACUCUCAGGUUUCAGACAAUGCUGAGUGGUCUUUAAAAAGAUCAGUGGAGGUUGCUAAGGAACCUGAGGAGGUAAAGCAGGUGACAGAAACGCCAAGAUCUCCAGUUUGUUUAGAUAGCGAUCCACCAUCAUCUAAGAAAAUAAAAACAAUGAAUUCUGAGAAAAUAUCCGACCUUGGGCACUAUUUGAAGGCAUGGAGGGAUCAGUGGCUAACACCUAAUAUUGGAUUAAUUGAAACACAACAGCUUAAGAACUGCACUGACCGGACUAGGAAGUACCAUGUUUUGGUCACUGUACUGUUCCGCUGUCUCCUUAAGGAAAUACAGAUCAAAUCAGGAACAUUCGCUGGUUGCAGAGUCCCCAUAGCAACUAUUUUGGUUACGGACCAAUCAGGAGUCAUCAUGAAAAUUGCACUGUGGCGGGCUGCUGCUUUCUGGGCACUCAGUGUCUUCCCUGGGGAUGUUUUACUAGUAACAGAUGUCGUUGUACAUUGCAACCAAUGGCAGGGAGAAGAGUUGUUGCAGUCCACCCCAAGGAGCAAAAUGAUCAAGCUGGGACCUUGCCUGCAGAUUCAAAUUGCUCAAUGGUCCCAAACUGUGAACACAGGGAUAUUGAAGGAGCUCAUAGCAUAUAUUUCAGCUCAGCACUCCCACCUUUUGAUUGUGGAACCCACAACCUAUCAGUGCCUAGGGCCCAUGCAAUAUGUGAACAUUAAUGAACUGCAACCAGGCAUGGUAGUACACGCACGACUCAAAGUUGUCCUCAUCACUGUGAUGUCAGAGAACACCUACACAUACUGUGGAAAGAAACAACAGAAGAUGGUGCUGAGUGUGGAGCAAGUCAAAGGUCACCCAAGCACCUUGACGCUUUGGGGAAGUAAGAUUGCCUGGCACUCUCGGAUUCAAAAGAAAUUGGGUCAUGUUUGGGACUUCCAAAAUCUGCUUGUCUUUCAAAAUUCUAUCACUGGAGACCUAGAACUGCACACCACACCUUGGUCAUCCUGCGAGUGCCUGUUUGAUGAUGAUGCAAGAGCCAUUGCAUUCAGGAACAAAUACCAAUCCAGUGAGGCAGCAUCUAUUAAAGUAAUGGACCUUUCCACCCUGCUACACUCCAGGUAUUCAGGAAAUGUUCAAUUAAAGACCCAUAUAGUAGCAAUGCAGUGGAAUACCCAUUCUACCCAUAUUCCCCUGUUCAAAAUAGAUGCGUUUACUCCAAUGGAGGCAAUCUUUGGCUCAUUAAUCCAUUUUACAUACUCUGGCUGUGGAAGCUGUGGCUCUGAACUGGAAUUUGAUGAAAAUGGUAUCUACCAGCAGUGUAUUCCAUGCCUACCAAAUAGCACUGUGAAAAUCUUUUACAGGCCCACAGUACUUGUGCUAACAGACCAAGAUUACCAGAUUGAUGUUCUUAUCUCAUCCAAACUCAUGGAGAAGAUAUUUCUCAAUAUUCCUCCUGCUUCGCUAAGCAAACUCAUAGGUCCAUCUGAUAAUGUGACGUAUGGGAUGGUAAUAGCAGAUUUGUGCUAUUCAUUGUUUGCAGACCCUGCUGACUGUUACAGACUGACUUUGCAAAGCCAGUUUCAUCUGGAUGAAAAUAGCAUCACCAUGAAACUGGAAUUCUAUUUGUUGGAUUUCUGCCCUGACCAUUAACCUCUAACCUUGUUAGAAACUGCAAGGUGAAUUUAUCAAUCCCAAGACUCCCAGGCAUGGUUGGGGCUGCUGUGUAUCAGGUGAGGUUGAUGUAGGGGGAUGUUAUUUAUUAUUUUUCAUUCUCAGGACAUGAACAUCAUUGGCAAAACCAGCAUUUAUUUCUCAUCCAUAGUUUCUCUUGAAAAGGUGAUGGUGGCCUUGAAACUCUACAAUUCGAGAUGAAGGUCCUCCUGUAGUGCAAAUUGAGAUGCUUUGUAACUUGAAGGGGAACUUGGAGGUGAUGGUUUUCCCAUGAAUUUCCUGCCAUUUAUCCUUGUAGGAGCUCACAGGUUCUGAAGUUGCUGCAGAAAAGGCCUUGGUGGCUUUACUGUAUGCAUCCUAUAGAUAGGGCACAGUGUGCUGGUAAUGGUAAGUGGAUCACGAUUAAGAGAGUAAGUGCUACAACAUCACAGGUUCGAGAAAAGUUCCAAGCUUGAUGAUGAGUCUACCCUUAAUGCUUGAGAUAUCAGAACAUAAAAGGGUGUGUUGGCUCUCACAGAUUUCUAUAAUUGCAGAGAUGCCACAAUGUGGAAGUAGUAAGGGCACUGUGGAAGGCGAACCUGCUGCAUUUUCCUCAGGAUAAGAGCAGUCAUGCUCCCAACAUUAUCACUUUGUCAGCCAGCCCAAACUUUGCCAUCCAUGCCAUGGUGUUGCGCGCUUAAACUGGGUCAUCAUGCCCAGAGUUGCUCAAUGACAGGCAAGGGCAUCUUGAAAUUGGCACAAAAGAGAAUGCAUAAGGGUGUAUAAUUCAUUGUUGUUUGUACAGUUGGAUAUAUUCUUUGAUAAAGAUU